CAUAUUUACUGCAGGGGCUUAAUAUAGAAGAACUCUAUCCAGAGACAUCUAGUUUUAUUACAUAUGAUGGUUCCAUGACGAUCCCACCCUGCUAUGAAACAGCAACAUGGAUAAUAAUGAACAAGCCGGUCUAUAUAACAAGGAUGCAGAUGCACUCCUUGAGACUUCUUAGUCAAAAUCAGCCAUCACAGAUAUUCUUGAGCAUGAGUGACAAUUUCAGGCCAUUUCAGCUUCUCAACAACCGCUGUAUUCGUACUAACAUCAACUUUAGCUUGCAAGGAAAAGACUGUCCAAACAACAGAGCACAAAAGCUGCAGUACCGAGUUAAUGAAUGGCUAUUGAAAUGAAAAGAACAGAUGGAAAUCUGACAUCUUAACAGAAAAUUAAAGCUGGAAUUUUUUCAAUGUCAAGAAUGCAUCCAGUCUCAGCCAUGUUUGUCAGGAAAUUUUAAUUCCGAAACAGUACUGGUACCCCUUUCGAAAUCAGAACUUUACUUUUUGAGAACAAACACAAUUCUGAGAUGCUGGAUGGCUAACUGAAGUUCCUUCUCUGAACUAUAUUAAAGACAUAAAUGCAUUAAACUUACAACUGAAAUUUUGAUACUUAUUUGAACAAUAGAACAUGGAUUCCUCUUCAGUAUUUAUCAAAAAAUGACACUAAUUAUUAGCAUAUAUGGACAAUUCUAAAUCUGUCUGGAAUGAGCCAAUGGAAUUAAAUUGUGUAUACCAGGCGGCUCUUAGCAAACAUUAUUUUUACAGUAUGGUUUCAUCAGUGGGGAAAAAGAGCUCACAGAAUUAAAAGACAGAAGAAAUCUUCAUUUGUGAAUUGCCAUUCUCUGGACUUUUCAAUAUGAAGUCGAGAGUACACUGCAAAAUUUAAUGCUAACCUUGUAUAUACAUCACUGCUGGGAAAAAAAAGAAUAAAAAACAAACUAAAA